AUGCCGACGUUGGAGGAUGUUGGUGGAGAAGAUGAGAUGGAAUUUGUCGUUGGGGAGCUGUUGGUCUCGAGGCGAGCACUUAAGACUCAAAUCAAGACAGAUGAUUCAGAACAGCAAUGGGAAAACAUAUUCCACACUCGGUGCCAUGUCCACGAUCAAUGGUUGAAUGAAAGUGGGGAAGUUAGGGUAAAUAAAUGGGUGUUAAUUAAUUUCUCAAUUGGGAGAUAUAGUGACAAGGCUGUAUGUGAUGUGGUGCCUAUGCAAGCAGGUCAUAUUCUAUUGGGGAGACCCUGGCAAUUUGAUAGGAAGGCUACACAUGAUGGGUAUAGGAACUGGUAUAGCUUUGUCAAGGAUGGAAGGUCCAUUACUCUUGCACCAUUAACACCGGCUCAGGUGUAUGAAGACCAAAUAGAACUGAGAAAUGAGGAAGAAAGGCGAGCGAGAGAAUCUAUAAAAAGGAGAGAAGAUAGUGAGCCUGAUUUCAAAUAUGUGUUUCCGGAGGAGGUGUCAAGUGGAUUGCCACCAGUUCAAGAGAUCGAGCACCAAAUCGACUGCAUACCCGGGGCUAUCAUUCCAAACCGACCAGCUUACCGAAACAAUCUCGAGGAGACGAAAGAGCUUCAGAGACAAGUGGAGGAGUUGAUGAGCAAAAGUUACGUGAGGGAGAGCAUAAGCCCGUGUGCUGUGUCUGUUCUAUUGGUGCCAAAGAAGGAUGAGACUUGGCAAAUGUGCAUGUUUUACGUGAUUUCAUAG